AUGUCGGAUAAUGGACCUCAGUUCGCUAGUGCUGAAUUCCGGAAAUUCACAAAGGAAUACAAAUUCCGUCAUGUCACAUCAAGCCCUCACUAUCCACAAUCCAAUGGACAAGUGGAACGUAUGGUCCAAACAAUAAAACACUUGCUUAAAAAAGCAAAGGAUCCUUACCUUGCUAUUUUGGAUUAUCGGAAUACUCUCCUGGAAGAACUUGGAUUAUCACCAGCUCAGCUAUUCUUAGCUAGGAGACUCAAAACGAAAUUACCUGUUUCAUCAACUCUGUUGAAACCACAGAAUGCAGAAUUCGUCAGAGAGAGCCUCAUGACUCGUCAGGCUAAGCAGAAAAGGAAAUUUGAUCGGCAUGUCCCAGCAUCUGACUUGAAACCAUUAGUUCAAGGAGAAAAUGUGAUGAUCAAGCACAACGAAAAAUGGAUGCAUGGAUCUGUUGUGGAAAAGCAUGAAACCCCUCGUUCGUAUAUUGUUGAAACGAGCAAUGGUAAAAAGUACCGCAGGAACAGACGUGACUUAAAAUCUACAAAAUCAGUUCAUGAAGAUGUGACCAUAGAGGAAGACUUUGACCUCAAACCGUACCGCGGUGAAUGUACCGUUCAGCCCAAGAAUCCUGAUAAAGGAAAAGGAACACAAACACUCAAACCAGGCAGUCCACAUAGAGGGAAAGCAAAGGAGGAAGACCUGCAGCCGAGAAAAAGUAUUCCAACUGGACCAAGCACCGUGGAAUCAGCAUCCAGAUGUGAAGUAAUGCCAAAUUCGGUGAAAACAAAAUCUGGGCGUGAAGUGAAAAAGCCAUUAAGGUUUCGUGACGAAUAG